UACAAGGCACGCUAUAAUGACAUAAACAAAUUUUACUACAGUGUAUAGAACAAGGGUUUCAUUCAAGAAUUUCUAUGUUCUGUGUAUGUUAAUACUUUUAAACGUCAAAACGUUUUGGAGUGACUUUUAAAUGACAAACUGAAGAUAAAGUGUGUAAGAUAUUAAAUGUUUUCAGGACUUUACCGUUUUGAAAAUUCGGCUGCUACCGGGUCUAUUAGUGAUAUUAAUACUUAGUGACUUUAAUACAGACAAGACUUCUUACUCGAAGACACUAUAGAGAAACGAGAUUGAAAAAGCUGAACCCAGUUGACAGGAAUUGAAAAUCUUCGUCUACAAGGAUGAAAAAAUACGUCGUAUGCAAGUAUGCUACACCAGCAUUUUCAAGUGGUAUAUCAGCAAGUAGCACUUCAACGCUCACGCCUACCACCUUGAGCAACCUUGAACAGACAUUUAUCGAGCUGCAGUCAGUGCCAAGCCGUACCAUGCAGAACCCCAUUACUCAGAGUGGCUUCGUGCCACCUAUUGUUCACUCAGCGCUACAGUCGGACAAUGAUCUUUAUAGUGACAGUAGUAGCAACCUCAGCGCAGACGACUACUUGCCAUCUGCACCGAAGAAAGUCAAAAUCGGGGAUAAGACAACUACCAUCAUGUCUAAGUACGAAAUAGAAAAUCCCCAAAGAAAGACACACAGACGACAGAUUCGAGAAGAUGAAAUAUCACCAGAAGAAGCGGCACGCAGAAAUCUCCGACGUGAACGAAACAAGGUUGCUGCAGCAAAAUGUCGUCAGCGACGAGUUGAUCACACAAAUAGGUUAUUGAAUGAAACUGACAAGUUGGAAGCUGAGGGGCAGGCAAUUGAACAAGAAAUUCAGGCAUUACAGCAAGAAAAAGAUCAACUGGAGUUUAUUCUGCAGGCCCAUAAUCCAAUCUGCAAAAUUAACGGCAGUCAUCCUAACAGCAGUCAUCUCUCCGUCAAGGUUAAACGGGAGUUAGAGCGAGACCAGCCGCAAAACUUAACCGUGUCAACAUCUAGUGAAUCUAAGAAGGAAGUGCCAGCUUUUACAUCUAGACCAUCAAGUUUGUCACUUCUGAAACGCGAUUUGAAAAGUGAACUUGUGUCGGCCGGCGUUUCAAUAACGACUCCAUCAAGUGGGUUUUACAGCAUAACGCUGGACACUAUGGUAGAUCAUACAGGGUUAACUCCAUUGACUGGAAGUUUAGGACAUACAGGUCUUACACCUAUAACAAGUAUGCCACAGUCUUGCAGUAGUGAAGUAACAAAAAAACAGUCAACAUCUAGUGAAAGUUCUGAUGGCAUGAAGUCGCCAUCAAAUCUAAUCACAUUGUAGGUCUUGUAAACUUAAGUUUUUUUAUAUAAGUAUUAUUUAAUGUGUAAGCCUUUUUUCAUGUCUUGAAUAAUGUUGCCUGUCAAUGAAAAGUGAAUGACUGUUUGAGAAACUUAUUUUGUAAAAUAAAUUUUUGUUUCAUACUUUGACAGAAGGAAAAUUAAAAACAUUCAUUUUAAGUUUGGUGUUAACCACCUAUUCUUUUGCAUACAUAGGCAACUCCAGUAUUUGUUGGGAACGUCAAAGUAUCUACUUAAUAAAUCUGAAAAAUAAAUGGAUCUGAUUAUAUUUACAUUUUUACAAUUUAAAUUUCAUUGUCAUUUUUGAGAAAAAAUAAGGGUUUCACCUGUAAAUAAUUAAAGUUCACUCAUUUGUCGCCUUAUCAUCUGCCAUUGUAUAUCAAUGUUCAAAACUCUCGGCUUAUAUUCCAUGCUUCAUUUUUAAUUUGCUGCUGGUCGGUGUUACUGUUGUUUUCAAUUUUUGUUGUUUUAUUAUUAGUGCUACAUGUAUAAGUACGACUAAAGUAUGGGCAUACAAGUUUGGCUGUAUGUAUUGUUAAAUUUUAUAUAUAAACUGCACAUUGGGUGGUAGAUUGUCGCCCCAUUGUAAAAGUAGAAGCCAGUAUCUUGUUUUGAAAGUUUCAUGCUAUUGUCAAUUGUGUAUUUGCCUAUUUGAAUCAAAGAAUCACAAUGUCAACUUGCAUUAGGUGUAAAAAAAUGUCUUUUUUUUUUUAGUUGUACAUUGCGUAUUUUGAUCGUUUGAAAAAAAAACUCUUCCGAUAUUAAAGUGCUAAUUCUGUAACUGGUAUGACUGUAUCAUGUGCAUUAUUAUUAUAGUGUUGAAAUAUUUUAAAUAUUUGGUUUGCAGCUAGUUUUCAGGUUAUUAUUAAAUUGUCUUCCGUGUUCGAAAAUGUGCUCAGAAGAAAAGCAAUACAGUAACUUUGUGUUUUGACAAAAUGUGUAAAAGUGUUACUGUUUAUCAUAGACUUGCUUGUAUAUACUUAAGCAACCACAUGACCAUUGUUUCUUACAGAAAAGAUAGAAUUGGUGUUUUUUUUUUAUUGCUUUUGCAUCAUAAUUUACAUAAUAUAUGGCCUAAAACUUCAUUGUUACAAAAAAUAUCUUGGUUUAUAGAAUAAUAGACUAUGAAAUUUCAAAAUUAAAAAACUGGGUUUUACAUUAGAUGAAAAUGUAACUGUUUUCUAAACAUGAAUAGAUAAAUGUAUUUGUAUGUUAAAGGUUAGGCUAUUAUGUUUCCCCAGUGGCUGUGCCAGGGUUUUAUUUGUAAUGUGAAACAUUAUAUCCAUACUUCACUUACAUUACUUUGAAGUUUGUUUAGAUAUUCUACAUCAAAGAAAUUUUCCUGCUGUAAAAAUUUCAGUAAACAUUUGCUUGUUUGUUUCAAAAUGGAUGUACCAGUAUGUGUUUUAUGUAUUUUGUAUGAGCAAUGUAACGUUACAGUCUUUAUAGUAAAUAUACUUUUUAAGUUUACACUUCAGUGAUUUUUGUGGGAUGUAAUAGAAAAGGGGUUUUAACUUUUAAAAGUAGGAAGUUAUACAGAAAAGAAUUGGUUGAAAAAAAUGCUAGAAUGUGAGAAUCGGGCCCAGGUUAAAAUUUAACGUUUUCCAGUACCGAGUUGAAUUAUUUGAAAUUGACCAGUUGCAAGGCAGCAUUCACUGACUGGUUUUCAGAGUUCAGCCUUGAAAUUGACCGAUGGCAGGCAGCAUUCACUGACUGGUUUCUAAAUUCAUUUAAAAUGACCUUUCGGGCUUAUAUCUCAAAUUCCAAACAUAAGUGUGGUAAUUUCUAGAAAAUAUUUUGAUUUAGAUAAAUUCCAUUUUAUGUGCGCAUGUUGGCUUUUGAGUCAUUUUACAAUUAUAUUAAAUUGGUGCUAUUUUCCAGGGUUGAGUCAUAAUUUUUUUUCAUAAUAUAAUACCGCUUUGAAAAACGGAAAUUUAUUCAACAGACUUUGUUGUACACUUUGUAUCAAUUGUUUAGGCAGGUUAAAUCGUCAAGUUACUGAGCAGCACAAAACAAAUGUGGCAAUACAUGUACUACGUUCUUGAAUAUUAAUUUUGUUAUCUUUAUAUGAAAUUAAAAAUGUGAAAUACA